AUGAAGUUAACAUGGAAUCAAUGGAUGAAAUCGUCAGCUUUUCAAUUAAUAUUAGAUUCGUUAUCUCAAUCAUCUCAUCACCUAAUCCAAGAAUUCAUCCAUCGAUCCACUUCCACCACUUCCACUAAUACCAUCUAUCUUUCAUAUGAAACAAUAAAUAAACCAACCUACGCCACUCAUUUCCUUGACUGUACAACCACCACAUCAACCAAUGACAUAAUCAAAUUCGUGCAAACAAAUCUGGAAUCUUCCAAAACUGUCGUGAUUAUAGAUUCAUUGAAUUAUAUCCCACAAGAAGAUAUAACUCAAUUCGUAGCCAGAUUGGCUAGUCCUGCCAUAACUAUCCUAUCUGUAUUCCAUACUAAUUGUCCAAUUGCUGAUUCCACUAGUAGUAAAUUAAUUAAUUAUCCAAGUUGUCUUAGUUUAUUGUCAUAUAUCGCCAGUUCAGUCUAUGAAGUAGAACCACUUCUUGAGAAUGAUGGAAUUAGUGAAGAGGAGAUAUUAAAUAAGAUUCAGAGAUUGGAUUUCCCUGUGAACUCACAAUUGAAUAAUGCGGUGUUUAAAUUAACUUUAACCAAUCGUAGAAAGUCAGGAAGGGCAUUGAUAUAUAAAUUCAAAAUGAAUUGUAUUAAUCAUGAAUAUGAAAUCUUAAAAGAAAAGAAUGAGGUUGAUGAAGAUAUAGGAGAAGAUGAGAGUUUAUUGAAGGAUUUGACAACUUUCAAUUUAACUACCAGCAAUAAACAAAAGUUGGCCAGGGAACAAGUGGAAUUACCUUAUAUGCAAGCACAAGAAGCAUUAGGAGCAACCGGUGGAGGUGCAAUUGUUUAUGAAUUUGAAAAGGAUGACGAUUAUGAUGAAGAAGAUCCAUAUGAAGAUCCAUUCUAA